CUGCACUAGUUUGUAUCAAAAUGAAUGUGAUUUUUUUUUCAGUCUGGCUGAAUAGUCCAGGGUUAUUAUUGUAUUUUUUUUUAAAUUUCAAGUUGCUUAAUUAUCUCUGAUAUUUAGAGAAAUAAUACAGAAAAAUAGAGUUGUGUUCAUGUUAGUCAGUGCCUUGGAAAGAGGGAGGCGUACUGCUUAUAAAGAAUCAUUUUCAGGUGCAAGUGUUUCUGCAAUGGUACCACACGCUGAUUGGUGAGUGACCUAAAGGGCCUCAUCCCAUUGGUUAAAUACGAUUACGUCAGCGCGCCCUUGUUUGAAUCACGGAAGAGCCACACAUGAGACGUAAACGUUUGGCAUAAACAGUGAAGUUACGCUUACAUAGACAGUGUCAAGGUGAACAACUAUCGGACAACUCUGCAGCUGGUACAAGUAACACCAACAAUGUGUAGGACUUUUAAGACAUGGACAGCAGGAGAGCUACUUUUCUGCCAACAAGAAAUAAGACAUAUGUUUAUCUGUGGACCUCCAGGCAGUUUCAGGAGGAGCAGGCAGAAUGGGAUGAUGUGAAUAAACUCCUGCAGCAUCACGGUUUCAAGCCUGUGUAUUUUGCAGAUCCUGUGGCGAACAGGAAUAUUUCUGAUCUGAUUCUGCUGGACAAAAAGUCUGCUGGUGAGAUGAGGAUGACUAUGAGGACGAUGCUCACAGACUCGGACAGAAGACAGGCUCUAAUCCAGGAGUUCAUCAAGUCCAACAAUGAACUCAAAGAGGAGGUUCAGGAGCACAUGAGGGGGGCCGCUAAGCAGUCUCAGAGGGCCACAGAGCUGGAGGGCCUGCUGGAUGUGGUGAGGAUCAGGGUCCAGGACCUGGAAGACCGCUGCCUCAGCAAGGCAGCCCAGCAGCACAGCCACACACAGCAGCAGCAGACACGGUGUCAGGUUCUGGAGCAGAAGCUGUCCAAGCAGAGGGAGGAAGCAGCCGAACUUCAGAGGAAACUCUAUUUCACCAUCAAAGAAGAAGAGCGACGCUUGGCCCGACAGAGCCAGACCUUCCAACACAUCUGUAACAAAGUCAGCCAGCAGAACUCCCCCGCCGACCAGCAGGCGUUGGAUGUGAUUGACUUCUAUGAGACCAAAAUGAGUCUGCUGUUGGAUGAGCUCAGAUCUGUCAAAGGAGAAGUGGCUCAUCAGACAGGAAUCAAGAAGACAUCCGGCAAUGUGACUCCAUCUUUCAAAACCAUCCUCAAGGCAUACCAAGAGCAGCAGAAGGGAAGCCAAAGUGAAAUAGAAGAGCUAAAGAAGGAGGUUGAGCGCCUGAAGAGAGAGUUGGAGACAAGGCCCACGCUCAAAGAGGUGAAGUUCUACAAACACAAGCUCCGCCGGUUGGAGGGCUCAAACAAACACAAGAACCAAAGCCUUCUUUCCAGAUCUCCUAAAGAAGACAUCCCUCCAGAUAUCAGUGAGAACAUCAACGACCAGGCCAAUUUGUGUGCCCACCAUCAACAUCUGUUGAACGAAAUUAAAUCGCUCGUGUCUGAUCCCAACGCGCCUCUUCACCUGCACAGAAACAAGACUUCCUCUGUUGAGUUCCACACCAUCCUACCCACGCUGGAGGGGUGGGCCCAGCAGCUCCACCUGCUGAAGGAUCUGCAAAGGGGAUUAAAUAAACUGGGUGUCAGACUGAUGCCCUGGCAGCCGGCUGAUGGGGACCAUGCUGCUGCAGAGGAGGUGAAGGUGGAGGACAUGAUGAUGCUGGUGGACACCAUGCUGGAAAACACAGCGACUGAUGAUGAGAAGGUGCUCAGGAGCCCAACCCGCUACACCCUGGGCUCCAUGGUGUCUCACUUCCAGAAGCUGUUUGACGUGGGCUCGCUGAGCGGCGUGUACCCGCGUAUGAACGAGGUGUACAGCAGGCUGGGAGAGGCCACCAACACCAUGAGGAACCUGCGAGAUGUCCUGCAGCUAGACACCAGGGUUCCUCCCGCAGCGCUGGUAAACCAGGUGGCCUCGCUGGUGUCGUCCGCCGAGCACACAGCCGGACUCCAUGAUGUCCUAGGAGACGCUGACAUUGACAGCAUCAUCGUGAAAGUGAAGCAGCAUGAAGAGUUCUUCCCUGCGUUCCAUGCCCUCAUUCUGGACAUUUCACACACUCUAGGAGUGAGUCACCUGGACGACAUCCUUCCAGCUCUGAAGUCUCUGAAACACACAGAAUGACGCUUUGGCUGCUGUGCAUUGUACGUAAUGACUGUGAUGUGUGGUGUUAGUUUUGAAUUGAAUUACAUAUUUUGUUAAAAAUCACAGUGAUUUAUAGAUCAUUUAUUUAUCAACUGCAUCAGCAAGCUACAACUCCAGUUUCCCACAGUCUCCAGGAGAUGGCAGCAGUGUUAAACUCUUGAGGAGUACAAAGCAGAUCAUUGUCGAUUACAUAAGAUAGAUUUUACAUACAUAAAUGCAAAAAUAACUUGGGUUACUCUCAACUUCUUUAUUUGUCUUUGAAGUCUAAAUAGUAUAUUCAAACUAUUAAGCUUUUAACAGCUAGAAAUGUCAAAUACUGUAGUAAAAUAUGUACCAUGUAUGACUAUAUCACAGGUGACUCAUCACUGGUUAUUUAUCUAUGUUUUGACAUGCCCUUUUUGUCAAGAGGUGUGUUUUUAGUGAUUCCAAAACGAAUGACUCAGGCCGUACUCCCUCUAUAAUUCUCAGACAGAAGGUUGCACCCUGCAGCGCGUCUGGGCACAUCAGCACAUUCCUGCACACACUUGAAACUUGUUAAUCCUGAUUAAUUAGGAUUUCUCCGAAAAAUGUAGUUCUGGCUGCAGCAGAGGAAUAUGAUUUUGUUUGGUAACUGUUAGCUCAAAAGCUGCGAUAAGACUUAGGUUGCACUUCAGUAAUCAUAAUCCCAAUGUCCAGAAAAUUAUUUUAAAUGACAUUUGUGCAGCUUUGACCGUUUACUGUGCAUGACUUGUAAAUGAAAUGUAUAUUUAUAUUAUCAAAUAUUUUUUCAUCGUUGCAUUAAUUAACACAUAAUUGCAAUUGCAGUGCAAAUUAAUGUACUUUAAGUUAUUUAAAGAUGCUAUUAUUUCUGAGAGCUGUUUAUUUUAAAGCCAUCAGCAGCUGGACUUUACAUUUCUCAGUAUUUCGUUAUUGCUUAAUGUCUAUGUAUUUAUAACAUUUUGAACAGUUGAAGAUAUGCAGACUAAAACCAAGAUGUGUAGUUAUGUAUUCAGCCUGUGUAUGAUUUAUUAUUUUUUCUUCUUCCCUAUAAUCAUAAGCUUACCCGGUGAUAAUACUUCACAUGAUCCGACUUGAGUCAGGUGCAGGAUCACUUGUUCAGUUUUGUUGUGCAACACAGCAACCACUUCAAGUUUCCCAUAACAUACAAAAUACAUCAGUAAGCAAAGACCAAACCUUUUUCUUUUGGUGGAUAUUUGCAAGUUUUCACAAACAGAAUCUGGUAAUCCCACAUAACUACUUCAGGGGGACCAACCAAAUAACAUUAGGUUGUGUUAUUGUAAUAUAAUUUCAAACUCAUUGAAGUUAAAAGGCUACAAAAUAAAACUAAAAUGCAUAGCAA